AUGCCUCGGAUUCGUAAAAAAACAUCCAAGCGAGGGACGACCCAUCAACGUGAAAAGUUGAAGCAUAAGGUCUCGCAGGGCAGGAAGAAAGCUAAGAAAGAGACUCGGAAAGCACAGGCUGCUGGAAAAAUCCAGAAGAAAUCCAAAAAAGAUCCCGGGAUCCCGAACAAUUUUCCCUACAAGGAUCAAAUACUCGCGGAAGUUGCAGAGUCACGACGACAAGCUGCAGAGGAAAAGCAACGACGUAAGGAUGAAAAGCGUGCUGCUCUUACUGGACUCGACGUCGAAGAUUCUCAAAAAAAUAUCAUGAAUGUUGACCCCAACGAAAAUCAAAAUGAUGGGCAAGGUUUUGACGGCAUUAUGUCCCUUCGUCCCGCACCUCCAGUUCCAUCCAAAAAACAAUCUGCAGAACCAUUGAAUUCAGAGCCUGUCAUACCGGUCAUCGAAGGACCUCAGUCUCUUCGCGAGGUGUUGCAAAAAGCGGAUGUUCUGCUACAUGUAGUGGAUGCACGGGAUCCUGCAGCAGGCCUCAGUGAGGCUUUGUUUAAGGAAGCGAAAGGCAAAGAUAUCGUACUCCUCGUGAACAAAAUUGAUUGCGUACCACGAGAAUCUCUGGUAUCAUGGCUCUCCUACUUACGAUUAACGUAUACCGUCCUCCUGUUUCGUGUGGCAGAAGCUUUCUUACCAUCUAAAAUUAACCCGUCUCCGGCAUCGAAGAAGAUUCCUGUCAAGUUGGACGAUGCGCUUGGCUCGGACGCAGUUUGGCAGCAGCUAAGCGAGCUCAAAGCCAAAAAAUCUGGUGAGGAGUUGGUUGUAGCCCUAACGGGAGUGACCAAUUGUGGUAAAUCUGCGGUUAUCAAUUCUCUUGCUCGCGCACAUCUACUACCUAUCUACAAUCUGAAUUCUGCGACAUCUGCAAAAGGACCUUACACGACAACAUCAGCAAGCGAGUUAGUCUUGGAAUUUCCUGACAAAAAGGGGGCAAAGGUGCGGUUGAUUGAUACCCCAGGAUUGCAAUAUGUCCGUGCGGAGGAUAUAGAAGAGCAGGAGAAGGAAAUGACGAGAGCAAAAGACAUCCUGCUCCGAAGUCGGGGGCGGAUCGAUCGACUUAAAGACCCAUUGUUUGCCGUUGAGCACAUUGUGUCUCGAGCAGAUACCCAGGAUAUGAUGCUGGCAUACAGCUUACCUGCUUUUUCGAAGGGCGAUCUGACCUCAUUCCUUGCUGGAAUGGCACGUGCGAGCGGGCUUAUAAAAAAGCGUGGUGCCCUGGAUCAUGCAGGUGCAGCGCGCAUUGUCCUCAGGGAUUGGAGCAUUGGAAAGUUUGCGAGGUAUACCAUGCCGCCAGGGUCACGGACUACGUCCUCUUCAACAAAUAACGAAGAAAUUCUGGCAAUGCUGAAGAGCCGGAAAGAGCUACGGAAAGCGGUGAAACUUGUACAGUUGCAGCCUGGAGAAGUAGAGAAGAGGGAGGUGAUAUUGGACGAUGUGUGGGUUGCUGAUGAAGAAGUCAGCGAAAAUGAGGCCGAUGCUGGAGAUGAAGAGGCAAGCGGAGACGAGGACGGUGAUGAAGGCGAGUCCGAUCAAGGCAGCGAUUCCGAGAGUGGUGAGGAAGAGGUUGAUGAGGACGAGGAUGAAGAGGAGGCACCCGAACUGUUGCCCCCGCCCAAGCGAAAGCGAACGGUAUCUUUUGCUGUUGUACCAGCUGGAGGGAAGCGGCAGCGAAGGCCUGGCAAAAAUGUCUCAUAAUAGAGGAUAUGACGUAUAUCACAUACUGCGGAAGGUUUUGAUUCUGACUUUCUUUACACGCUUCCACACGCAUAACUAUAACCACG